AUGUACGGGUCCUCCAAGUCUAACCCGAGUUUGUCUAGGACCUCGAUCGGCACUUACGUCCCGCCUCACAGGCGCGAGUCCCUCCCCCCAACCUCUGAAACAACCGCCUCGACAGUGAGCAACCCUCCUAGUAGAGCUUCAUCUCCCGACCCGUAUGCGAACACGCCCGCGGCGUUCAGCCGUGUUUCUAGGCGUAACAACAGCCUGAAGGACGGGAGGAAGACGUACACCUUCCAGCAGAUUCGGGAGCGGAUUCCCGCUCCCGGGUCGCAGACGUUCGUCCAAGCCGUCCGCAGCCGUGAGGAGAACCCAGGCCCGGUCGACCCCUUAGUACCAAAACCUCCGUGGUGGAAGACGAUAUGCCGUAUCAUGGUACAUCUUGGUAUGCACCCUGCUGCGCCUGAAGAGCUCUGGACUCGGGUGCAUAACCGGGCCUUAUUGGAGGCGAGCCUGACCUCCCAGGCGAAGAUCCCGUUAUUUGUCGAGCUCCUGAACCGGAGGUGGGAGUUCAAAGGCCACUACGAGAUCACGCGGUAUGAGAUAUUCAAAGGCCUGAGCGAGGAGGUAAAGGUGUUUAUAGAGAGUAGAAAGGAGAGCAAGUUGUGGAAAUGGCCGGAGACUGUCAAUUGGAAUGAGCUGCUGAUGACGGAUUGGGCUAGAGUGGAGCUUAGGUUGGUGGAGGAUCAGAGUUUGGGGAACCCGAUGGAGGGGAUGUAG